CUCUCUUACGCACCUCCACUCUUCACUCCUUAUACACAACUCCCAUUUACAACCUUAAUUCAACUCUUGAUUUUUUUGUCAUGGCAAUCCUUUUUGGCUAUCUCUUGCUCUGUUUUCUAGUCUCUGCUGGAUUCUUUAUCGUGUUCAGGGCUUCCCGGUCUCGUCGGCUCAGGUUGCCGCCGGGGGGUCUGGGUCUUCCCUUUGUGGGUGAGACUCUACAGCUGAUAGCUGCUUACAAGACGGAAAACCCCGAACCGUUUAUAGACGAGAGGGUGAACCGGUAUGGCCCGAUCUUCACCACCCACGUUUUUGGAGAACCGACGGUUUUCUCAACCGAUCCCGAGACAAACCGGUUCAUCCUGCAAAACGAAGGUAAGCUUUUCGAGGGCAGCUACCCGGGUUCGAUAUCAAACCUGCUCGGAAAACACUCGUUGGUACUCAUGAAAGGAAGUCUCCACAAAAGAAUGCAUUCUCUUACAAUGAGCUUCGGGAACUCCACGAUCAUCCGAGACCAUCUGUUGGUUGACAUAGACCGGCUGGUCCGGUUCACUAUGGAUUCAUGGACCGACCGGAUCUUGCUCAUGGAAGAAGCCAAGAAGAUAACGUUUGAUUUAACAGUGAAGCAAUUGAUGAGCUAUGAUCCGGGUGAGUGGACUGAGAGCUUGAGGAAAGAGUACGUGCUUGUUAUCGAAGGCUUCUUUUCCAUCCCGUUGCCGAUCUUCUCCCCCACCUACCGGAGAGCGAUCAAGGCUAGGACGAAGGUGGCGGAAGCGUUGAGCUUGGUAGUGAGGCAGAGAAGGGCGAAGUACGAAGCUGGAGAGAGGAAGAACGACAUGUUGGGAGCUCUGUUGGCCGGAGAAGACAACUUCUCCGAUGAGCAGAUUGUGGAUUUCUUGCUGGCUCUGCUCGUCGCCGGCUACGAAACCACCUCCACCAUCAUGACGCUGGCUGUCAAGUUCCUCACUGAGACACCUCUCGCUCUAGCUCAGCUAAAGGAAGAGCAUGAUGGGAUAAGGGCAAAGAAAAGUGAGGCAGAGGCACUACAAUGGAGUGAUUAUAAAUCCAUGCCUUUUACUCAGUGUGUGGUUAAUGAGACUUUGAGGGUGGCAAACAUAAUCAGUGGAGUGUUCAGGCGAGCUUCGACAGACAUUCAUAUAAAGGGUUAUACAAUUCCUAAGGGAUGGAAGGUCUUUGCUUCGUUUCGAGCAGUGCAUCUAGACCAUGAACACUUCAAAGAUGCCAGAUCUUUCAAUCCAUGGAGAUGGCAGAACAAUUCCGGGGCGGGCAGUCCAGGAUAUGUAUUCACACCAUUUGGAGGAGGGACAAGGCUCUGCCCAGGGUAUGAGCUAGCUAGGGUGAUGCUCUCUGUUUUCCUACACCACAUGGUCACCCGUUUCAGUUGGGUUCCUACCGAAGAAGAUAAGUUGGUUUUCUUUCCGACGACGCGAACACAGAAGCGGUACCCCAUCAAGGUGCAGCGCCGAGAUAUCUUCAGCCAAAUAAAGAGUAAGACCAGAGACCAAUCCUAGAUAAAUGGUCAAAUAUAUAAACGAGCAGAGGUUUAACGACCUUGUGAUAUCAGAUCAAAUAAAUGAGGCAAAUAGACUAAUAGAGAAGCAGAUGUAAAUUAUCUGUGUUCUUGUAAGCUUAGCUUCAGUAGUAGUUGGCACCCUUUAUCUCCAUGUCCGGACUUCUCAAUGCCGCACUUAGCAGCGGCUCAUUCUCUUUGGAUACAAUACAAUAUGGAGAGUUCUCGAUUCUCUUCACCCUGUUCUCCAAUGAUGCUUUCUAUCUUGUUUCUCAGAUCCAAGCAUAUCUUAAAAGAGCCCAUGUUUCUUAAAGAAAAGCAAAACUGAUUC